UAAAAACACCUCGGGGUGAAUCGGUUCUAAUCACAGAUUGCGCGUAUUUAGUUCGCCACUCCCUGAAUAGUGAAUAUUGGAUGACAAGAAAACAACUUUAACCUUAUUUUUAUAAGCACCAGAGAACAUUUUCAAACGUAGUACGAUUCCACCAUCUCAACAUUUCGGAUAGUAUAGCCUACAUAUUCUGCCACAGAUGAACCUUCCAUUGUUCACAAUUUUACUAGCCUACUGACCGAUCGUAUAUUAUAAUGAGACGUCAAGACUUACAACUGAAUUGGUUGUAUUUUUUUAUUAUACCGAUGUUGUGCGCAUUUAUGGUUUCGGCAUCAAUCGGAGAGGUUUUGUCAUCUAGUUCUGCUGAUUCAAACCAGGAUUCAGUAGCUUUGCGAUGCGCUGAUCGUUUACAACAAAUGGUGGAGGCCGUCAGUCCUGCCUUUACCCACGCACUAGUUCACUUCGAUCGUUUAACUGAUUUGAUCCUUGAUGCAACAAUGUCGAUGAAAGAGCAUCUCAGAAAAAAUGCGUACUUUUCAGAAUUGCCAAUUCAAAGAGCUAUUUAUUGGAUGUUCGAUUCACUCAAUGAAGCACAUAUUUCUACUCUUUAUCAUUUGAAACGUUACGACGACAAUUAUAUUCGGUUAUCUCGCGAAAUAAGAGAUACAGAGGGUAUGAUUAAAGUAGACAACGAUCUACUGCAGUCUCUGAAGAUUAACAUUUCAUGGUGGGCGGAAAAAUGUGAAGAGUUUCAAAAAAAUAAGAAGAAUUUGGACAUAAAAGUGCAGGAUGCCGUCAACCGUGUUAAAAGAGCGGAAAUGGAAAUCGAAAAAAAGAAGACAAAUAGAAACGGAUGGAUUGUGGCCGCCGUUUUCACUGUUGGAUUAGCUACCCCUGGUCUCAUACACAACGAAAACAAACUUCAAAAAGCGAAAUUGAAGCGCAAGGUUUACCAGGAUAACGCCAAUGAAAACCGCAUAUUACUGGAAGAAGCAGAGAAAAACUUGAAAACAUUCGAAGCCGAAAAACUAAUUACAGAAAAUUCACUGAAGAAAAAAGAGAGAAACCUCACACUCCUUCGUUCACAUAAAGAAAACUUGGGCAAGCAGUUUGCUUCCUUGAGAGCAUUGGAAGAACACAUCAGAAGUACUACUACCUUCAUGUCCCAGUUUCGAUUCGAAGUUGAAGAUUUGAAAAAUCAGCAAGACGCAUAUGUGCUCUUGAACCCUCUUUUUCAGUUAGUCGAUAAGUUAAGUGAACUAAUAGGUAGUAGUGCAAGUAUGGUCAUUAUUUUAUUGGACGAAGAGGAAAUGGUUUCAAAGAUCCGUGACAAAAUUGGGAUUCUACGAUUGCAAAUGCAAAAAUAAACAAAUCAUUUUAGGCGGA